GUCCUUUUGUUCGAAAAUAUACCCUAUAAAGUCUUCUCUUUCUUCCUUCUCUUUUCCAUUACGUUAUCGUCUCCUCUGUGUUGCCCUACACUACUCCUCUUCUCAUCUUCGUUUAACGUAUAAUCCUCCGAUUUCUCUUCAAUUUCUAUCAUAAAACUUACCAAAUCCUCAAUUUCCCUCCAUCUAUUACUUUUAUUUGUAAUCUUUCAUCAUCAACUUGUGCAGAACCCGAAACCCUAAUUUUCUGUUGCCUCACCCUCAAAUCUGUCGCAAAUCUUUGAUCUAUCAAUCCAGAAAUUUGCAUCUGUUUUGUUUUUUGUUGUCAAGAAUUUUGUUGGCGAUUUAUUGAUUCAUAUUUUCUCUCAAUCUUUGUCGGACCUACUUGGGCGUUGUCUGAUUUCAGUUCGCUGCCCGGAGAUUCGGUUUCGCCAAUAAAAUUCUUGGUGGAAUUCCUGAACUUCGAGGAAUUUUAGUAAUCUGGCUUCUGUUUUUACGAUUUCAUUGUUUUUGCGUCGCUUUGGUUGAUCUGUUUUAUUUCUGAAAAUGGUCGGUGGUGGAAGCAGGAGGGACGAGGGUUCUUUGGUUAUCAACAACACCAACGUUUUUGCAGCCCUUGAGACUCUCAGGAAGAAGAAGAAGUCUGACAAGGAACGCAAGAAUAAAGGGUCUAAGUCUCAGUCCGCCCAGCCUAAGGAACCCGAACCUCAGGUUUUUUGGGCACCAGCUCCAUUAACUUCAAAAUCCUGGGCUGAUGUUGACGAUGAAGAUGAUGACGAUUACUAUGCCACGACUGCUCCGCCACAGGCUGUGUGGGGCUCCUCGGAGGCUCAUGAGAGCAAGGAGAGGCCGAACAUUGUAGAGGAGAGUGAGAGUGAUGAUGACAUCCUCGAUGAAGUUGAUUAUGAUCUUGAGGAUGAGCAUGAUCAUGAUCAUGAGCAUGAGCAUGAACCAGAGGUUCUUGUGCAUCCUGAGCCAGCUGUGAAGAAGGCUCCUGAAGCCUCUGUGGCACCAAAGGAGGCUGAUAGGCAACUUUCCAAGAAGGAAAGGAAGAAGAAGGAACUUGCUGAACUUGAUGCCCUUUUGGCUGAUUUUGGAGUAAGCCAGAAAGACAGCAACAGUCAAGAUGAGUCUCGUGAUGUGCAAGAAAAAAGAGAUGGAGAAUCCAAUGGAGAUGGGGAAAAGAAGGAAAAUGCCCCUUCGGAGUCGAAAAGUGCCAAGAAGAAGAAAAAGAAGGAAAAGAAAGAGGUUAAAGAUCAGGAUCAGCGAAACAGUUCCGAAGUUAACACGGGGAUAGAUGAACUUGCUGGCAAUGACGAUGCGGAGGAAGACACAUCGGCAGUUGAUGUGAAGGAGCGUCUCAAGAAGGUGACAUCCAUGAAGAAGAAGAAAUCUAGCAAAGAGAUGGACUCUGCUGCCAAAGCUGCUGCCGUUGAGGCUGCAGCAAGGAGCGCGAGACUUGCAGCAGCGAAAAAGAAAGAUAAGAACCAUUACAACCAACAGCCCGUGCGGUAAACAACGACCUUGUUUUCCUUUUUUUCCGUCUAUAACGGGACAUACGUUUCUCAUUGUUUGUAUAAGCAAUGCAGAAUAAUCUCUCUGGGCUCUCAAAUCUGGUUUUGUGGACAGUGGCAAUUAGUUGUAUUAAAAUGGAUUGGGGGAAUUUUCACCUUUUUCUUUUGUGGAUCCCUUGUUGUUCAUCGUUUUAGUCUCCAACUGUGUUCUUGCAUGUUUGCUCUUUAAAACUUUUGGCUCUAGGUGCAUCUGAAAAUAUGCAAAAUGAAGCUACAGAAACUGUGAUUGCUUCUCCCUAACUCUGCCACCUUGAUGAGAAGUAAGAAAUAAGAACAGAGCUCAAGAAUA